AUGUUGGUGUUUUGUGAGGAGGCAAAGCUUUUGUGGUACCUAUCUCCUUUGCGUCUGGAAGUUGGGAAGUAUAAUGGCAGCACUUUUGCGGAGUGGUGUGGUGGGGUGCGCUUGAUUUUCAAGGAUCACUCGUGGUGGAAUGUCUUCUGGAGCACUUUGUGGGGUGUGUGGCUGCGUAGAACUGACUGGAUUUUCGCAGGGAAGAAGAGAGAGAUAACUGAAGUUCUACACAAAGCAAUUAGCAUUGUUGGUGAGUUUGAUUCUGCAAAUGAUCAUGGUUGCAGCCACUCUGUUUCUGAACCCCUGGAGUGCAAAUGGAAAUCUCCUCCUGAGGGAGUUAUAAAAGUGAAUUCUGAUGCGGCUAUCUUUAAGUCGAGAAUGGUGGGGCUUGGAGGGGUUAUGCGUGAUAGUGUGGGGGAUGUUGUUGCUGCUACGUGUUUGCAGGUUGCAGGAAGCUUCGAUGUGGAUGUGGUGGAGGCAAUGGCAAUGCGGCAUGCUUUAGUAAUUGCAAUGGAGUCUGGCUUUUUGAGAGUGUGCCUCGAGACGGACAAUAUCAAGCUCCAUUAUGGCUUGAGUAAGCAGAAGGAAGAUCUUACUGCCUUUGGUUUAAUUACCAAGGAUAUUCUUAAGCUUGCUAAUUCUUGCCAUGAAUGCUCAUUUGCUUUUGUGAAGAGAACAGGAAAUCAGGUUGCUCAUAGUCUUGCUAAGCUUAGUAGUAAGUUUGUUUCUCUUAGAGUUUGGUUGGAAGAGUAUCCCAUUGAGAUACAUGAGGUUGUAAUGGCCGAUUUAGGCCUUUCUUCUACUUAA